AUGAUAUUCGCUGCGAAUGUAACUCAAGGACUUCGCUGGAUUCUGCACCACGUCCAGCGAGUUCCCACAACGCGAAGAGACGAGGACAUUGAGGAGCCUGAGGAAGUUCGACCUGUCCAAAGUUUUCGUCCCAACCAUGUCACUGAAUUGACACGUAUGCCAAUGGCACUCAUGAUCCCUUCCACAAUUCGGUCAAUUUCUUCGAUUUCGCUAGGAGGUUUGGCAAGAAGCACACCUCAAGCGGACGAUGCCGAGGAAAACUCCCAGACGGCAAUUGCUAGCCCAAUGCCAUCUACUGAUCCUCUUCCAUUACCCAGAGCACAGAUCUGGGCGAUCUCAAUUACAAGAAACCUAAACUUCACUAUAUGGAGUACGGUAUUUAUCUUCAUUGGCAUCCCUGUUUUCUACACAACAGGCUAUGUCAUGCCUGUUCAUCUUAGCCUUUGUGUGCUGGUAUAUCUAGUCUCAAUGAGAGUUCCGCCACGCUAUCGACAGUACCUACACCCCGUAAUAGUAUCAGCCUUAAUAACCGUGCUAGGUAUCUGGGCUCUAGCAGCUAGCCGCGGCGAUAGCCUGAAAACGGGGCUUCAUCAGUUCAAGCCCGGCGUCGACUACCUCUACCUCUGGGGAAACCCUGGCACUUCUAGUCGGCCUGGUGCCGGGGACAUUCUUUCCACCGCCUUGGAUGCGAGUAUUGUUGCUCUGUCUCUGCCAAUGUACCAAUACAGGCGCGAGCUCCGACAGCAUUUCCUUUUGAUCAUGAUCCCUAACGCAUUGAUGUCUGUUGGCUCACUCUUCGCCUACCCUUCGGUGUGUUUCGCCAUUGGUAUCAGGCCUCAGCGAUCUCUUGCCAUGGCAUCACGGAGCAUCACGUUGGCGCUUGCGCUGCCUGCAACCCAAAAUCUUGGAGGAGAUGUCAAUACGGUUGCAUCGGUUGGUGUUAGGAGUGGGAUCUUAGGGGUUUUGAUGGGACAACGCCUUUUAACUUGGCUCAAAGUCCGGGAAGGCGAAGGAAUUACCUUGGGGUCAAACUCGGCUGCCAUAGUCACCGCCCUGCUACUUGAGACAGAUCCACGAGCAGCCGCGUUAUCGAGCUUGUCUAUGAGUAUUCUUGGAACAACUACAGUUCUAUUGACAUCAAUUCCUCCGAUAAGUCAGGUUAUCCGGUUGUUGGUUUGA